CCCGCCGUCGCCGCCGUCGUCCUCCUCGACACCGUCAUCGACGACGCCACCGCCUCGAUGCCGCGCAUCCCGCACAACCUCCUCCGCCUGCUUGCGCGGCCCGUGCGUUCUGCAGCGCUGCCCGCACCGGCUCACGUUGUACCCGCUGCACCUGCCGCGUCUGCUGUCGCUGCGCGCGUUACCAGCCUCUCCUCGGCGCGUGCAUUCCUCGCCCCGAGCCGUCCACAAGUGGCCACGACCCCCUCCGCUAUGCUUGCCUCGCUCUCGCCCUCUCUCUCGGGCAUGCAGCAGCUUCGCUUCCGGACAUUCGGCACGGAGUACCAGCCGUCCCAGCGCGUCCGCAAGCGGAGGCACGGCUUCUUGUCCCGUCUACGCACCAAGAACGGGCGCAGGAUACUCCAGCGUCGGUUGAAGAAGGGCAGGAGAUAUCUGUCCCACUGAGAAGUAGCGGGCGUUAUCCUUUAAGUACGACCACAGCUCACGUCAAAUGCGCGGUCGAGGAUACCUACAGACAACCAUAUCAAUGCAAGAGCGCUGGCUGGAGGAUGCACGUCGUAGCAGUCGUCGAUCAUUCCGCACGAGUCAUUGUUAGAAUUAGCACACUCUUGUAUUCGACCGUCAUCACACCAUGGAUAUCAUAGACGACCGCUCACUGGUGUCCCGGGAGUUUCUCGC